UAGUGAGUUAUCUGCCCCCGAUAGGUGGCGCAGUCUGUACCGGUCCAGCGAUUUCUUUGUUUACAACAAAAGCCAUUGCAAACUUUUGAAUUUAUAACAAUGCCGCGUACUUGUUGCUCUGUGCCAAGAUGUCACUUAAGGGGAGGUCACGAAUUCCCAUCAAAUCUAGAACUUCGAGAUACUUGGGUAAAGGCGAUCAAGCGGAUCGACGAAACUACAUCAAAACAAUGGAUUCCGUCGAGUACAGCUGUUGUGUGCAAAGCACAUUUCACAGUGAGCGAUUACGUUCAGCAGACAAUACAUGGACAAAAACCACUUAAGAUGAAGCUGCUUUCAACAGCAAUCCCAAGCCAAUUUGAAUGGACAAGACCUGACACAGCUAGUCAGAUUGAUCGACAACUGAGAUCAAAAGAGAGGGAGUCGCAAAAACGAAAAAAGGACUUCGAGGCCAAAUAUGAGAUGGAAAAAGAAUUUGAGUAUAUCGAAUAUGGCGAAGAGAUUGUUACUUCAGACAAACAUCCUCGACUGGAUAUUGAUGCCACAUGUAUACCAGCUGAUGAUAUUAUAACAACAGACUGCUCAACACAAACUUGUACUGAGAAACAAAAGUUUGAUAUUACAGACUUUAUUACAGAUGACAAGGCCAUCCAUUUUUAUACUGGACUAGAAUGUUAUGUAAAGUUUAUUUUUGUUUUGAAGUCUCUUGGACCAGCAGCAUUUUGUCUAAAAUAUAUAUACCACAAUGUACUUAACAUUUCUGUUCCUAACCAAUUCUUCAUGAUGCUCAUGAAAUUGAGAAGGCAUCAAACUUACUUUGAAAUGUCAUUAAUGUUUGGAAUUUCAGAGGCAGGUGUGAAAAAUAUAGUUUUCACGUGGAUUUCAUUUGUGUCGAAGCAGUGGCGCGAAAUCAAUAUUUGGCCGCCACAAAAUCUAGUUAAACAUUUCUCCCCAUCAGAUUUCAAAUCCAAGUUUCCCACAACAAGGCUUGUUAUAGAUGGUACUGAAUGCCCCGUCAAGAAACCCAAGCCUCCAAGAGCUCAACAAUCCACAUUUUCUACAUAUAAGAAUCGGAACACAGUGAAAACCCUUAUUGGUGCUUCACCUGGCGGACUCAUUUCCUAUAUAUCACCCACUUAUGGUGGUUCCACCAGUGACAGACAGAUAGUAGAACGAAGUAAUUUAUUGUCCUGUGUUGAUCCUGGCGACUCAAUAAUGGCUGACAAAGGAUUUAAUGUUCAAGAUUUAUUUGCACCUAUUAAUGUUGCUAUAAAUAUUCCAACAUUUUUCAGAAAAAAAAAUAGAAUGAGUGGAAACAUAGUAAUGAAGGACAGAAAGAUUUCAAGUAAACGAGUACACAUUGAGCGAAUUAUUGGAUUGGGAAAAACAUACAAAAUUCUGUGUAAUCCUUUGACCAGCACAGAGACAAAAUUAUCAUCUGAUAUUGUUUUCAUCUGUUACAUGUUGUGUAAUUUUAGAACAUGCAUUGUGUCAUGUAAUGCAUAAAUGUUCUUGCUGCAUUGCAUACUGUAUAUUGUAUACAUGUAUUCUCUCCCAUAAAUAUUAUCAGACUUCAAACUCUCUCAUCAAUUUGUUAUGUUGCAAUAUUAUUCUGCCACAAAAAUAAAAUAGAUGAAAACUCAACAUGUCUAUACACACACACACACACACACAUAAAUACUUGUAAUAGUACAUCUACUACAUGUAAACAUACACUGUACAGUUUAAAUCACAAUGUCAAAAAUAACAGAAUCUUUGAAUUAUACAUUCAAACAAUUACAAUUAUCUUAGAUGUGAGAAAAUUAUGAAUACAUGUACGAUUUGGGUCGGACCCUUUUCUAGGUUUGGACUUCCUAGAAACACUACUGUUAGGCAUUGAAGAAUCUGCUGCCUAUUCAGUGUAUGAUUUGUAAAACCGUUUUUCUAAUAAAGUUUUUUUGAAAUAGUUUUCAAAAAAGUCCUGUAACUCUGACACCAUUUUGUUAAUGAAAUCAUCAUUCCGUGACACUUUGAAAUAUA